AGUGCCGUAAUGUACACCUCUGCCUACCCCUUCGGGGAAAAAGGCGUGAAGUUAUGUUAUGUUACGUUACUACUUGUAUGUGUUCCCUCGUCCCCCGCGCCGAAAUUGACAGACUCUUUUGCAUAGAUGUUAAGUCCUCAUAACAUCUCUGUUGUGUUGGUUAAACACUUUAUGGUGAAUACAUGCCCGCACACGCUUCCUUAUCUCUCUGACGGUCAUUCUUCAAAUGAAUGAGCGCCUUAUUUCUUCAGCCUCGGAAAAGGAGGAUCCUCCGAACAGGCGAGGUAGUUGUGUCUGACGGGCUUUCUGCCCAAGCCCAACGAUUAUUCGUUGGGACUUUCUAUCCAUGUUUAUUCGCAUGUAAACUCACAGGUGCGAUGUAGAAUUUGUGCUGUCGAUUUUCUUACACGCGUCAUCUGACUUCUGUCAUUUGUCAAUGUGUCAUGAUGAGACGAAUUUACUUUGUGAUGAAUUUACAACAACCUAGUAGAUCUUCUUUGUUUUUCCCUUACUCUUUCUUGUUCUUCUUUGUCCUCUCCUUCUAGAUGCCGGCAACGCGCUUGUAACUCCUCUGGUUUUGUAGAUGUCGCUUGGCAUCGGGUGAUGCGUCUGCUCGGUUGCCGCCCUGUUCUAUAAAAAGAAAAAAAACCCACUGAUUUGCGUGUGCAAGCUGCGUGCCGAACGGUGCAAAUUGUCACAGUAAUACAGUUUUAUUACUCAAUUCGAUUGUGUUUCUCUAGGAGCGUUACUAUUUUAAUGGGAAUUUAGAUUAGUAAGUACCUACCUACUUACUACACGUACUAACCUUAGCUCUUUAUUCAUUACUAUAAACACCAAGUCAAUGCUAUUAACAGCAUGUGAAUUGCUAGUUAAAAUGUUUUGUUGUUUGUCAAGAUUAACUUUUCGUCAGAGAGAGAGACAGAUGGCGAUAGAGCGCUGCGCAGCCGCGGCGGCGGCGGCUAGCGAGCGGCCCGCCAGCCCAGUGGGUGGCGCAGGCCCUGCGGGGACCGCCGCACCGGGGCCCGCCGCGCCCCAGACGCGGCUGCUCACCCUGGAGCACGGCGAGCACAAUGACUCAACACUGUACCGGUUUGAAAAAGGCUGCUAUUUACAAUUUUGUCCUGGGCCAUCUUUACUUGGGCGAAAAGUUUUUCUCUAUACCAAUUAUGUGAUGUCUGAUAAUCGCAAACAAACAACACAAUUACUUCAUUUGCCAUGGCCAGUACUGCUGAACGGCAAUUUCAUAGCAGAAGACGAUAAGAGCAAUGAGCAAGCGGAGUUCAUCCGCAAUCAGUACUAUGGACUGGAGUGGUAUCGCGAGGCCGAGGACGAGGCCGAGCCUGCGCCGCUCGGCACCGGGCUACUGAUCACCGACACCGACUUCUACUGCCAGCUGCGGCUCGCGCGUGCCGGCUCCUUCCACUACUACUUCGUCUACGACAACGCGGAGUCGUCGGUGGGCCCGCAAGGCUCGGGCUGGUUCCAUGUGGCGCCGACACUGCGCGUGGGUCCCGGCGGCCGCGACGAGAUCCCGUUGGACGGCAUUAUGUGUCAUACAGUACUGGCCAAGUGUCUGGGGCCGCUGCCGCGCUGGGAGGCCGCGCUGCGCGUGUCGCGCGAGGCCGGCUACAACAUGCUUCACUUCACGCCCGUGCAGGAGCUGGGCGCGUCUCGCUCCAGCUACAGUAUCGCCAACCAGCUGCGCCUCAACCCGCAGUUCGGCGCCGACGCGGGCCGCGAGCCCACUUUCGCUGACGUUGAGAAUAUCGUCUCGAAGAUGCGCACCGAGUGGAAGAUGCUGUCCAUCUGCGACAUAGUGCUGAACCACACGGCCAACGAGACGCCGUGGCUGAGCGAGCACCCCGAGGCCACGUACAACUGCUCGAACUGCCCGCACCUGCGGCCGGCCGCGCUGCUGGACGCGCUACUGGCGCGGCUCACGGCGGACGUGGCGCGCGGCGACCUCGAGGCGCGCGGCGUGGGCCGGACUGUGACGUCACACGAACACUUGGAGGCGCUGCGCGUGCUACUGCAGACGCAAGUGUUGCCGGAGGCGCGCCUGCACGAGAUGUACAUGUGUAACGCGACCGACCUCGUGCAGGAGUUCUACUUCAUGGCGCGCAACAAAGUGCCGGCCCCGGCAGCAGUGGGCGCGGGCGCCGGGCUGGGCUCCAGCUCUGAAGGCGCGGGACCUGGCGCGGGCGCUGGCGAGGGCCCUGGCGCGGGCCCCGGCGCGGGACCCGGCGCGGGUCCCGGCGAGCUGCGCCUGCAGCCGGACCCUCAGUACCGGCGCCUGCGCGCGACGGUGGACAUGGACCGCGCGCUACAGCUCUACAACGUAUACAGAGCGGAAUGUUACGACGAGGAAUCGCGGCUCAAGAAAUGUUGUGAAGAAUUCAAGCGCAAAUUGGAGCAACUGAACGAGGCCGCGGCGGACACUCUGCGGGAGCACCUGCGCGCCGCCGUCGACAACGUCAUCGCGGGCAUCAGAUACUAUCGAUUACAAUCCGACGGACCGAAGAUCGAAGAGGUCAGCGCCAAACAUCCGCUGGUACCCAGGUACUUCACGUGGGCCUGCAGCGUGGAGAGCAGCUCGUUGGCCGAGCUGGAGGCCGCGCUGUACUCGGACGCCGGCCGCCUGUGCAUGGCGCACAACGGGUGGGUCAUGGACGCCGACCCGCUGCAGGACUUCGCGGCGCGCGCCGCCGCCGCGCGCGUCUACCUGCGCCGCGAGCUCAUCGCCUGGGGCGACUCCGUCAAGCUGCGCUACGGGGACAAGCCCGAGGACAGCCCCUUCCUGUGGGCGCACAUGCGCGAGUACGUCGAGCUCACGGCCGAGGUGUUCGACGGCCUGCGCCUCGACAACUGCCACUCUACGCCACUACACGUGGCGGAGUACAUGUUGGACUGCGCGCGCAACGUGAAGCCGGACCUGUACGUGGUGGCGGAGCUGUUCACCAACUCCGACCACGUCGACAACAUCUUCGUCAACCGACUGGGCAUCACCUCGCUCAUCCGUGAGGCGCUGAGUGCCUGGGACGCGCACGAGCAGGGCCGGCUCCUGCACCGCUUCGGAGCGCGGCCCGUGGGCGCCUUCCUGCGGGGCCCCCGCCGCGCCGCCGCGCCCCGCGUGGCCCACGCCAUGCUGCUGGACCAGACGCACGACAACCCGUCCCCGCUGCACAAGCGCACCGUGUUCGACGUACUGCCCACCGCCGCGCUCGUGGCGGCCGCGGCCUGCGCCGGCGGCUCCACGCGCGGCCUGGACGAGCUCGUGCCGCACGCCGUGCACGUGGUGGACGAGGAGCGCCUGUACGCCGACUGGGGCGAGCCCGAGCCCGAGCGCCCGCGCGUCGGGCCCGACACCGGCCUCACGGCGGCGCGCCGCGCGCUCAACGAGCUGCACGCGUGGCUGGCGCGCGCCGGCUACUGCGAGGUGUUCGUGGACCAGAUGGACGCCGACGUGGUGGCCGUGACGCGCCACGACCCCGUGUCGCGGCGCUCCGUGGUGCUGGUGGCCUUCACGUGCUUCGCGCCGCCGGCCGGCCCGCGCGCGCCGCGCCCCCUGCGCUUCGAGGGCGACCUGGAGGAGAUCGUGCUCGAGGCCUGUCUGCGCCACGUCGACCACAAGUCGGAGGGCGAUCCGCUGCGGCUGCCGGGCGCCUUCAGCCCGCACCCGCGCGUCAUCUCCGGCCUGGCGGCGGACUACGAGUGUAGCGUGCGCCGCGCCGUGCCGCUGGCGCAGUCGCACGUGUUCCACGGCGCGCGGCCCGACGGCGCGCACACCGAGCUCGCCUUCCGCGCCAUCCUGCCCGGCACCGUCGUCGCCGUCCGCGUGGACGCGCGCAUGCACAUCCUGGCGUUCGCGGCGUGCGUGCGGCACGGGCUGGUGCCCAACCUGCUGGCCGGCGGGCGCCGCGCGCGGUACAACUGCCGCGACGCGUCCUGGUGGUGGCUGCACGGCGUGCGCCAGUACUGCGCGGCGGCCGGGCCGGCGCUGCUGGCCGAGCCGGUGGCGCGCCUGUUCCCGGCCGACGACGCGGCCGCCGCGCCGCCCGGCGCCGCCGACCAGCCGCUGCACGACGUCAUGCAGGAGGUGCUCGACGUGCACUUCCAGGGGCUCGUAUUCCGAGAGCGGAACGCCGGUCGCACCAUCGACGCUCACAUGUCGGAUAAAGGCUUCAACGUGCAGAUCGGGAUCGAUCCCGAGACCGGAUUCCCGUUCGGGGGCAACGACGCCAACUGCGGGACCUGGAUGGACAAGAUGGGGUCGUCCGAGCCGGCCGGCAACCGGGGCAAGCCGGCCACUCCGCGCGACGGCAGCGCCGUGGAGCUGGUCGGGCUCGCGCACGGAGCCUCGCGGCCCUGGGCCGACUACCAACUGCGCUGCAACUUCCCCAUCGCCAUGGCCGUCGCGCCCGAGCUCUUCGAUCCCAAGCACGCGUGGCUGGCGCUCGACAACGUCGAGAAACUGCUGCUCGGGCCGCUCGGAGUCAAGACGCUGGAUCCCGCCGACUGGGCGUAUCGCGGAGAUUACGACAAUUCCAAUAACGGAGACGACCCCAGCGUCGCGCAUGGAUUCAACUACCACCAGGGACCCGAGUGGGUGUGGCCUCUCGGCUUCUAUCUGCGCGCGCGGCUCGCCUUCGCCCAGCAGGCGGGGCGCCACGCCCGCACUCUGGCCUCCGCCUACGCGGCGCUGGCGCCCCUCCUGGCCGAGCUGCGCACGUCGCCCUGGCGCGGCCUGCCCGAGCUCACCAACGCGGGCGGCGCCUACUGCAACGACUCCUGCCGCACGCAGGCGUGGAGCUCCGCCACCGUCCUCGAGGCCCUGCACGACCUGCAGCAGGCGGCCCGCGCGCGCCCGCUGACUGACUGACGCGCGCGCCGCCUGCGCCCCGCCCCCGCGCUCUACGCCACGCCC